AUGGAAGGGAACAAAGAUGACGCUUUGAAAUGCUUAAGAAUCGGUAAACAAACUAUGGAAGCUGGAGAUCGAAGCCGAGCCUUGAAAUUCAUCUCCAAAGCUCGUUGUCUCGAUCCCACUCUUCCGGUCGAUGAUCUCUUAUCAGAGAUUGAGAAAGAACCCAAUGGGCUCGGCGAUCCACAACCUCAAGGCUCCUCCGGGCCCACCAAUAAUGGCACAUCGAAGCCAUCGAAACCGUCCGAUCAGCCAUCGGUCCGCCACCAAGGUCCGUAUUCAUUGUCGGCCUCAUCGGCAUCCGCGUCGGCCUCGUACACAGAGGAGCAAAUCGCGAUCGUGAGGCAGAUUAAGAAGAAGAAAGACUACUAUGAGAUUUUGGGGGUGGAGAAGAGUUGCAUGGUCGAGGAUCGCCUGAGAUCUACGGAUUCGACGAUCCAAACCCUUACUACUCCCAAUCUUCGUUCAGCUCCAACGGUCCAGUGCUUCCGCCACCGACUGAAAUGGAGCCAGAGGAAGGUUUUGCUCUUCGUGAAUGGAGGCGGUGAGCAUUUCAGUCCUUUUGAUUUUUGA